GGUGGAUGGAAGAUGCCAGAGGUGGUUGUCCAACCAUAUCACUGCUCGACACGUGGAACAGCGUGGUUACAGGGUUCUCAUCCCACCAUGGCCGAUGGGGAAGUGACCAGGAGAGUUUGUAUAAACUGGGAAAGAAAUCAAUGUCACUGGGUCCAUGAGAUAAAGAUCAAAAGCUGCAGCAGUUACUUUGUUUAUCAAUUGAAGCCGUUGCAUUAUUGUGCUGCCUACUGCACAGAUCCAAACACUGCUGAACAUGACAACAACGUGACAUAUUCAACUCAGAAACCGACAGAAAGUUCUUCACCAAACAGAGCAGUGAUGGCAGAAACAG